AUGGCAGCACAAAUUCCUUUCCGGUCGUUCAACGAGAAGUAUGUGUGUAAUGACGAUGGAAACUUUAGUUAUUCGAGUACAGAACAGAAGCGCAUCGAAACGAUGCUUUUCGAAAACUAUAACUCUAUAGUUUUGGAGCCAUUCGAAGCAACUGGAGAUGAGGACCUUACCGAACUGACUAUUCUCCGCCAGAGACACACCGCAUAUUUGCUCAGAUACCUCAAAAAUUGUCCGUCAAGUUACGCAACUUUGGACGCAAGUCGCUCAUGGAUGUGCUACUGGGCUGUAAACGCACUCAAAAUUUUGGAUGCGGAAAUUCCAAAAGAAAUCGUCAUUGAUCUUAUCGUGUUUCUAAAAUCAUGUGAGCACCCAGACGGCGGAUAUGGAGGAGGACCAGGACAACUGGCUCACCUGGCUCCUACUUACGCAACAGUUAUGUGUCUGGUUUCACUUCAAACUGAAGAAGCUCUAAGAUCUAUCAAUAAAGAAACUCUGUUCAACUUCUUAAAGAAAAGCAAGCAUGAGAGUGGCGGAUUCUAUAUGCACGAAGGAGGAGAGAUCGAUAUGAGAAGCGCUUUUUGUGCCCUUUCGACAUGCGUAGUAGUUGGGCUUCCACUAGAAGAAAUCUCUGAAGGCGUCGCGGAAUGGAUCAUCAGCUGCCAGAGUUAUGAAGGUGGAUUCGGUGGAGAACCCUAUACAGAGGCACACGGAGGAUACACAUUUUGUGCGGUCGCCUCGUUGGUUCUGUUGAACAGAUUCCGUCUCGCCGAUAUGGAAAGUCUUCUUCGUUGGGCAACACGUCGUCAAAUGCGGUACGAAGGAGGAUUUCAAGGAAGAACGAACAAGCUUGUUGAUGGAUGUUACAGCUUCUGGCAAGGAGCAAUUUUCCCAUUGUUAGAUGGAGAAAUGGAACGAGAAGGACGAUCUCUUGAGAAAGGACUCUUCGAAGCGAGAAUGCUGGAAGAAUACAUUCUUGUUGGAUGCCAAUCCAUUCACGGAGGUUUCAGAGAUAAACCGGACAAGCCUGUUGAUCUCUACCACACCUGCUACGUUCUCAGUGGGCUUUCCAUUGCCCAGAAGUAUUCUCUGGCUCGUGACGGGAAGAUACUCGGAGGCGACGUUAACACCCUCGCCGAAAUCAAUCCCGUCUUCAACGUAACUGUCGCUUCGGAACAGUUUGCCAAAGAGUUCUUCACAUCUCAAUAA